UAACGCAUGUCACGAUAUUCAUUAUUGAGGCCGAAGUGGAGUAUGACGAAGCACGCUUUGGUUGACUUUUCACAUCGUUAUAUUUACGUUGAGAUUUUGUUUACACCGAUACAAUCUUGGGCACGAUUAAUGUACCAGAACUGACUAAUAAUGGCCGAAAAUUGCAAAGUUGUUCUUCACAUGUUUGAGCGUUUUGGUUUCGUUCCGAACAUGUCUCCACCAUGCAUGAAGCUGGAAACCUAUCUUCGCAUGGCAAAAAUUCCCUACGAAUGCGACUGUCGCUUGAAAGCUUCAAGCAAAGGGAAAUUUCCAUGGAUAGAAUACAAUGGAAAGGAGAUUGCYGACUCGAACUUCUGUAUUGAGUUUCUUAAUAAGGAGUUUGGAGUCGAUGUUGACGAUCACUUGAGCGAGGAACAGAAAGGCAUUGCUAGAUCUGUACUGGUUAUGUUGGAGGAAAACACUUAUUGGACUCUUGUCCACUACAGAUGGUGUACAGACUACUCCUAUGAGAUGCGCGACAUUAUAUUGGCUAAGGCACCCUUUCCUAUAAGGGCCGCAAUGCAUUGGGGGUUCCAAAGAAAAGUCAAGGGUUAUCUCAAUGGCCACGGGAUAGGUCGUCAUUCCUUCGAAGAGAUUUAUGGGAUAGCUGAGAAAGAUCUGAAGGCUGUUUCCGCAAUCCUUGGAGAGAAAAACUUCUUGUUUGGAGACAAACCCUGCCUUGCUGAUGCCGCUCUUUUUGCACUUGUUAGUAACUUAAUCUGGCAGAUGCCGCAAUGCCCACAGGGAAAGUUGAUUUUGUCGGAGCUGAAGAAUCUUGAAGAUCACUCGAAGCGAAUGAAGGAGGCUUUUUAUCCUGACUGGGAUGAGGUCAGCAAGAAGAAAGAGAAAAAUUCAAAAUAUAUAAAUAAUAUUCCAUCCAUAACAUACAAUAGAGGCAAAAUGGCAGAUAAACAUGGUGUUUUAAUAUUGCAUGUCUUCCCACGUUUCGGCAGUGUUGUAAACGUUUCUGCUCCAUGCAUGAAGCUAGAAACAUACCUUCGUAUGGCAAAGAUUCCCUACGAAUGCGACCACAGCUUUAAGACAUCAAGCAAAGGAAAGCUGCCAUGGAUAGAAUACAAUGGACAAGAAAUUGCAGACUCGAACUUUUGCAUAGARUUUCUUAAUAGAGAGUUUGGAGUCGAUGUUGAUGAUCACCUGAGCGACGAGCAGAAAGGCAUUGCUAGAGCUGUGCUUGUUAUGUUGGAAGAGAAUACUUAUUGGACCCUAGUUCAYUACAGAUGGUGCAGUGAACAUGCUAACGAAAUACGKGACCUGGCCUUUGCUAAUCUACCACUUCCAAUCAGGAUUCCUGUGUUUUGGUCAUACAAGAGAACCCUUAAAAGCGAGCUGUACGGYCAUGGAAUCGGGCGUCACACUCCCGAAGAGAUUUAUGGGAUAGCUGAAAAAGAUCUGAAAGCUGUCUCAUCAAUUCUUGGCGAAAAGAGAUUUUUGUUUGGAGACAAACCCUGUCUUGCUGAUGCCGCUCUAUUCUCGCUUGUGAGUAACUUUAUCUUCACGGCGCCAAACUCAACACAAGGAAAACUGAUUUUGACGCAGUUGAAGAACCUUGAUGAUCACACGGAACAAAUGAAAGAGCUUUUUUAUCCCGACUGGGAUGAUGUGGUCGUAGGAAAGAACUCUAAGAAUAAAUAAUUGGAUAUGUUUUUUCYAUGUUUUUAUAACCGUCUUUUUUUUACUUAAAAGUGGGCUACUCUGUAUUUCUUUGAAAUAACUUUUUUUUCGCAUUGGAAAACUUUUCCUUUGAAUUGUCCACACACUUAUUCAUUGGUUCCAGCAUUGUGGUCUUCAAAACAGAAACUUGMAAGCUCUCAAACAUGAAAUAAUUCAAAGGCAAUAAUAAGCAAAAACACUUAUAAUUAGGCAGGUUAUAAUGAUGUACUUUAAUUUUUUGAUUAUAUUGGUGACUUUUCAAUUUUUUGAUAAAAAUUGUUCGAAAAUUAUACUAGACUUAGCAUGGU